AAAUGCCGCUCCACAUUUCUCUUCUUCGGAAUAGCAAUGGUAGACUGACAGACGAAGCAAACGCACUUCAAAUAUGACAUUGUGGAAAAAAGGGUCCUCCUUCCAUCCCGUAUGGAAGUGAGGAGUGAUUGUGUCUCUGUGACAACAUGUAGGUGAAAGGAAAACAGAAAAAGCAUUAGACAGCAUAACAGAAAGCAAGCAGGUACUGAAAUUUGAAACUGAAGUAGACCAGUGCUGAAUAAAGAUAAUCAAAAAGUCCACAUGAGAUUAGCGGAAGAUGUCUUUUGUUAGAGAAGUUCUUGGCAAACUUGGGAACUCCCCCUCAUAUAGUGGGAACAAAAUAUUGUGGAGCACCUGGAACCCGAAACGGGUGCCGCUGCGCCAGGAUGCCUCCCUCUCUAGCCACUACACCCUCGACUACCGCUCCCGCAUGGAAGAGCUGGGCUCAGACCUGGGCCUUCCGACUCUCACACUCGCAGGUCAGACCUUCACCUAUAUAAAUGGCCAGUGGGUGUCCUCAGCAGGCAGGAAGGGUCUGGACCUGAGGCCCCGGCUUCAGCAGCUAAAGAGGAAAAACCGGGCCCUGAUGGAGGAAAACAACGCCCUUAUGAUCCGGUUAGAAGUCCUGAUGGACAUGCUGACAGAUGCUACAGCCCAGCUGCGGGAGCUGCAGGCAGACGCUACCCCACGGCACAAACGUGGCCUCAUGGAAGUCUUUCCCAAUAAAUGGCCCUAAGGGUUGAAGAGUU